AUGCCAUCUACAUGUAAUGCCGACAGGGUGCGAGGGAAGAAAGUGCAUGCGGGCCCAAUAACUGCAACGGAGAAAAAGGCUAAAAGCCGAGAAUACACGACUGUCUACCAAACGCAAGAAAUAGACGUUAGUCCGUUCGUUGCACCUUCAACCGCAAAAGCGCGUAACAAGAUAUGGGGCGAAUGGCUUCAACAUUGCGAGGAUGCUAGCACCGAAAGCGUGUCGGCGUGGACGAUGUUUCUCAGAAAUUCCCAGUCAUCUGAAGGCCAGGCACCUUUCAGAGCCUUUUUGCGCACUUACGUCGAAUCCUCCGUCAAAAAAACUUUGGUCCUUGGACCAGAAGAGUUCGUCUACGUAAGAACGGUUGACAUGGCAUUCACCGUGCAGGAGGUGUGGCGCCGUCUUGUUGCCGCUGCAGAAAAUCAUGUUAUGAGUGCAUUGAGGCAACAAUAUCCAUCUGAAGCUAGUACCUGGCGCCUCAGGUGGAUGAGCAAAGAAGAAGGCAAAAAGGAAGGGCCGGCCUUCCGAAUUGUACAGUGGAUAUUUCAAGAGCUUGCUCCAGAAAUUGGUCUCUGCACAGAUCCCUCUUAUCGAAAGAUUGAGAUGACAAGCACCGACGUCGAUGUCAUUCUUACCACUCUAUGGUCUGAAAGCCACAAUAUACCGUGCGAUCCCGAUACAAGAGUUGAUUUCCAUGCAUUUAUCCUCUUCGCAGCCAUUGGCGGGUUUAGACGUGGUACGAUUUUGAAAGUCAAGUACAAUCAAUUUCGGGUAGCAGUUGUCCGUGAUCCCGAGGAUCGGUCUCGGCGUAAGAUUGUCGUGACGAUUACCAUUAAGCGAAACAAGAUCAAAGAGACAGCUAAGACGACACGCUUACGCAACGGUGGCUACAUUGGAUUUUCUAUCACCCUUGUCCCAUACCGUGUAUUCUGCCUUGCUAGCCUGAUCAUUACAAGAGCAAUCCAGCGAAAUGCCUUUGAGGCAGAGUUCAAAACCAUCGACGAGAUCUUCGAUCAACCUGAUUUGGAAGAGUCAGACUUCGUCCCCCUCAAGUGGAAGCCUGACUUUGCACCCAAAACAGCAUUUUCUAUUUCCUCUAGUACGGCCGAUACACUAUGGUAUCUUGUGCUCCUAGUGGCAGGCCUUCGAGAGGCUGCACGGCUUUACAGUCUUCGAGUAGGUGCUGGAGCGCGAAUGGAUGGGGUAAUUUCCGAUGCACUACGCAACUACGUAAUGUCGCAUAGUACUGGCGUUUUCGAAUCAAGCUACCAAGGCCACGACGUCCGGAAAAGCUUAAUGGAAUUGGCAUUCGGUACUCGUGCGGGUAAAGAGGAACUAUUGUUUGAAAGGCUGCGUGAUACGUCCUUAAGUAGGGACCCAAAUGCGCCAAUUCGGAUUUCUCCGGAAGACGAACAGCGAUUCGAGAGUCGUAAUGACAUCCGCCAACUUCGCAGCGCCAUAGCAACGACUCAUGAUCGAGGUGAGAAAAACAAGCUCCGUGCUAGUCUCCAAUCGAAUCUUACAACGCUACGGAGACUACGACUGGAGGAGAUCAGGGCCGAGUACUUCAAGCACGUAGACUUCAUGCGAGCGAAGGGACUGUCAACUGCCAUGUACGGUCUGUCCAGCCGAAACAGCGGGGUCCUCAAAACACCAAUCGCCGUGAUGGUCACAUCCCUUCUCAAACCAUCAGCUAAUGAAUCUGUUGCUGAUCGGGACUUGAUGACGAGGCGGUAUAUGAAAGCCGUGCUGGGAUUCCUAACCGACUCAACUACCAAUAACGAGAAACUUCUCAUCAGUACUGUGCCGAGUCCAAAAGUAAUUGAUGGUAAGAUUAAUGAGAAGUCUCGUUGUCUAUUAUGCAAGAAGACAUUCUGCGACCGGAGUGCGCUUACAAGGCAUUACAAUGGACACAUCGCCCUGUUCGAUCAACCAUUCCCAUGUCCGGAAUGCGAUUCUUACUCAACUACAGCGAUCGAUUCGCUCGGUAGAGCAGAAUGGAGUAACCAUGUUGAGCGAACUCACGGCCGACGUAACGCACCCAAUUGGUCUCAGUCAAAGAAUUCAGAGAGUUUCGGUUGCUUGAUCUGUUCCUCGACUCAUACAUCAUUUACAGCACUCAUCGGCCACAUCAAUCGACACAACGGAUCUAGUCAGCAAACCUGGCCAAUGAGCUGUGCCGAAUGCGUCCGGAUGGGUAAACCAGAGGUCAAGCUCGGAAGUUUAUGGUCGCUACUUGAACAUUUACAAGUUAUCCACAUACCUUCCGCUAAGUUUUGUGGCUUAUGCGGGCAUAUUUGCUCUACUUCGAGCGGCUUGACCAGACAUUUCACCUUGAAGCAUAAGAAAGAUUUCGAGACACCCCUCUCAUGUCCUGCAUGCAACGAUGCGGGAGAGAAGCCAAUGGAGAUUGAUGGUUUUGCUGCCUGGCAAUCACAUGUGUCAUGUGAUCACUCGAGCUGGAACUUAUACUCCACCAGUCCUAAAGUUGUCGAAUCUUUUGAGAUGUACAAGGAUGGUUCCCUAUCCACAACUAAAUCUCUGGCUCCGCACAAACGCCAACGUGAAGAUCUCGAAGAUUACUCCAACGAAUUCAGUGAUAACGAAAACUUUGAUGAGACCAAGUUUUACACAACCAUGAAUGGGGUUAACACUGCUCUUCAAGUAGGGUUUAUACCAGAACAGAACAAUGUAGUCACGAGGGCGGAGCAUAUUGCGCCAGGAGAUGAUGAGCCUAGCUAUAUCACUUUACAGGCUAGCAACCACUACCCAGAUCACGAACGGGAUCGCUGUGAUGUGCGCUCAAACAGCUCCGCUCCCUUGAUCGGAGAAAUGAGCUCAAAUCAAAUUCUUGAUUUCAUCGAUCCGGCUCUACAACUCUGUACAACACAAAUCGACCUAGGCAAUAUGCUUACACUCGAUCACAGCUGUAACGACUCUGAAGCGAAUAACAACUUCGAUAAUGCUGAAAUCGACUACUCAAUCGCAGAAGAUCUUAGGAGUCAAGAGUUCACCGUUGAUUGCAUCCUCGAGAGGUGGAAGAAGGGCCAAUUCUUGCUGAAAUGGUUUAUUGACGGCACGUGCUCCUGGGUUGCACGUGCUGACAUAAACGACAAGCUUCUUCAAGAUUUUGAAAUCAAUUACAAAGGAUUCAGACAGGGAGUCACGGUAUUACGCAAUAGAAGACGAAAUGGUAAACUCGAAUACCGUGUACGAUGGGAAGGUCGCCCAAGCAUUGAAGAUUCAUGGGUGCAAGAGAAGGAUUUAGAUCCCGAAUUUGCAGCCGACCUCAGGGGAGAUUUGCCCUUGAAGCCAGCAAAAAAGCGAAGACGCGUUCAUUGA